AUGAAUAAGUUUUAUAUUCAAAUUGCUUUUUUUCUUUUAAUCAUACCCCUAUAUGUGAAUAAUAAAACCCUUGCAACUGAGCUUGUUCCAAAAAAAGAUGCAAAAUCCGAAUCAAAAAAAUCGUAUCCUGUCAAUGAUAAUACAAAAGAAAUAUAUCAAAAAAACAAGCACCUAUUAUAUACCGAUAUCGAAGAAACUAUAAAUGCGUGCAAAUUUAUGAAUGCCGCUUUAAAACAAUUAGAACAUCAUGCUACAAGUAAAGGUUAUAAAAGGUGUUGUGCAAACCAUUCUAAGAAUAUAGUUUUUUAUAAAAAAAAACAUCGAGAUAAUACAAAAAUUAUAAAAGCUGAAUAUAUAAUUUAUGAGCCGAAUAAGUAUAAUGAACUAUUAAACAAGAUAUGGGAUCCCGAUAAUGGCCUGUAUUUAAAUAAAGCCGAUAUUAAAAAAAAAAUUGUCCGUGUGUACACUCCAAAUUUAGUAAUGAUACAACAACGUUCCAGAAGAUGGCCGUGGUCUCGCCGUAAAUAUUUUUAUGCUUUAGCUGCAAAAUUUAAAAUAUCAGAAAAAAAAACUAUAAUUGUCAUGGCUUCAGCAAAUAUAAUUGACCACAACCGUAAAAAUAAAAAAUAUUUUGAAAACAAAAUAAUAGAAAAUGCAAAUUUAUUCGAAGCUGAAAUUGAUUCUGAAGAUGAUAUUAGAAAUGGAAAAAUAAAAAAAACGUUUGUUAACUUAAUUGGAUACAUUGUUGAAAAAAGAAAGGACCGUAUUUAUAUCAUCUAUAUCGAAUCUAUGAGCAGUAUACAGAUUUUAAUAAUAUACUAA